AUUCAGUACUGUUCGGUUCGCCAUUUUAGUUGGGUAAGUUGCAGUCGAACCGAGCUUGUCGAACUGGCAUAUCGAUUCCGAAGAAACAGUAAAUUGAAUUACGAGUUCGGCUACAGGCCACCGAAAUGGAGGCGCUGAUACCUGUUAUAAACAAGUUGCAAGACGUGUUUAACACAGUAGGCUCAGACAGUAUACAAUUACCACAGAUCAUCGUGGUCGGCGCUCAGAGUAGUGGAAAGAGUUCAGUGUUGGAGAAUCUUGUUGGAAGAGACUUUCUUCCGAGAGGUAGCGGUAUUGUGACAAGAAGACCUCUUGUUCUGCAGCUAGUACACAUUGAUCCUGAAGACAGGAAAAUAGGAGAGGAAGUCUACAAUUUGUUUGAACAUAAUUUCCUAUUGGAUACAGGUCUUGGUCAAAAUUUUGGGGGAUAUAUAGGAAAAAAUAUGGUUAUGAAGCACUCUGAUGGUUAA